UUGUGACAAUCACAAAAAUUUUGACAGUGUCUUUUAAAAUCCAUCAAAAUUUCAUAGUUUUGUGUAAAAUUAUCUUCAAUGGAAGAGGUCGAAAAACCAGAGCCAUCAUCCAUAACACAGGCUGAUAUUCCACUAGCUAUAACCGAAGUGUACAGCUACCAUCCUUACUCAGCUCCCCCUUCAGAUUCCACUUUCCUCACAAUUGUAUAUGGACUCAUGGGAUUUAGCUGGAAUUAUCAAAGAAAUCUCAUGCUUGUGUCCAAUUAUGAUGCUGAAAAUGGGCUAGCAACGAUUACCCGUCGAAAUCGUGGCAAGGAGAUUGCAGUUUCGAUUGGAGUUAUACUUCUUGCAGAAAAUUUAUUUGCCGUCGUUGAAGAGUAUACUGAACGCCUAUUUGGGGAGUCCACAAUGUUAGUAGGAUUGCUCUAUCUGCUAGGAUGUGGUCAUGAAGAAACAUUUUUUCUUCUUAUUUUAAGGAAGUCACUGCUGACCUGCUUGCUCCUCAACCUAGGGGGAUACUACUUUAUGGGCUUCGGGCGCAGCAACGCUCUUCGAUUGCUUGGGAUCUCGGUAGUGUCUUUCAGUGUUUCCUUAUCAGCUUCGGCAUUGAUUCGCCAUUUGGCUUUAUUUAAUAAACGUCUCCUAAUGGCUUAUUUGCUGGGCUCUCAUUUCAGCGAUAUAAUGGCGCCAUUACUUUACACCUUGACAGCCGAGCACUUAUCAUUUGGCAAACGUUUAUUACCACUUGUUGUCCUGCCAGUAAUACAAAUCGUAAUUUUCGUGAUUCUACUAAAAGGAAGAGAACAGGCACGACAGGAGGAGUUAUCUUGGCAGAAAGUUCAAGCGCUUAUUUUCACAAACGCUCGCAGUUUGCCAAAAUUUAGAGACAACUGGAGGCUUCUGAGUCCCUACAUUAUUCUGCAAGUCUUCGAAGUGUAUUCGUCCCAAGGAAUAUGCAAGCAUUUAGAUGUUCUGCAGAUGCAUCUAUCAAAAACUGUCGAAUUCCGUCUGUACAAUACCAUCAGCAAAAUUGGAUGUUUCCUUGGUGCACUCAUUGGCCAUUUUGUUUGGACCACCCAAAUGUGGAUUUUGAGUUUAGUGGAAAUGUUCGGUUUUGCUAUUUUACUAAGUAGGGCAGCAUCUGGAAUUGCUCUGUGGGAAGCAAUUUUACUGCUGGUAUGCGAAGGUCUUAUUAGUGGAUUCGGGAAAAUGUCUACAUUUUUCGCUAUUCGAAGACAAGGGGACGAUAGCCCCGAGGAGAUCGCGCUUAGCCUCAGAGUAAUUCAACAAGCAUCUAAAUUCUCAGGAAUAGUUGCCGGUUUAGGUUUGACAAUGUCGGAUGAUUUGUUGUAUCAAUUUGAAAGUGUAAAGUGGUAAUUCUAUAGUGUAAAGUAAGAUUGAAAUGGAAA